UAUCCCCCUUUAGCGGACGACCGGUUUCAGUUUCAAAGCGAGGUCCAAAGCUUUAACCAAAACCUUUGACUUCGAUCCGGGCCAACCUCCGAGGAGCCGAGAACCGAUCGAUCCCAUCGUCCGCAACGAUCCUCUUCCUCGUCUUCCCCACCACCACCGCCGCAAUGAUCGGAUCGCGUGCGCUCCUGCUUCCGAUCUUGUUGCUGUCCCUCGCGGCCACGUGCCGAUCGAUCCGGUUCGAGCUGCAAUCGGGCCACACCAAGUGCAUCACCGAGGACAUCAAGAGCAAUUCCAUGACCGUCGGCAAGUACAGCGUCGUCAACCCUAACGAAGGCCAUCCCAUGCCCGAGUCCCACAAGCUCACCGCCAGGGUGACGUCGACUUACGGGAACAAUUACCACUACGCGGACCAUGUGGAGUCGGGCCAGUUCGCGUUCACGGCCGCGGAGGCUGGGGAUUACAUGGCCUGCUUCUGGACCCCGGAUCACCAGCCGCCGACCACGGUGACCGUCGAGUUUGAUUGGAGGACCGGUGUGGCGUCUAAGGAUUGGGGCAGUGUCGCCAAGAAAGGCCAAGUUGAUCUGAUGGAACUGGAGCUGAAGAAGUUGCAGGACACGAUCAACUCCAUUCAUGAGGAGAUGUUCUAUCUUCGCGACAGGGAAGAAGAAAUGCAGGAACUCAACCGAGCGACCAACUCCAAAAUGGCGUGGCUGAGCUGCCUUUCACUUUUUGUUUGCUUGUCUGUGGCUGGCUUGCAACUAUGGCACCUCAAGACAUUUUUCGAGAAAAAGAAGCUCAUCUAGAUAUCAGGAUGACAUUUAGCAUUUUUUUUUUUUUUUUUUAAUCUUUGUAUCAUACGUGGAGUUAGACAGUAUGUUGAAAAGGACCAAACAGGAGAUUACACUGCAAAAUCCAUUUGGAAUUCCUAGAUAACUUCAACUGGCAUCAUACCACAAGGGGACUUCAUUGCGCCAUCCUGUAUAAUUGCAUUCCCAGGUUGGUAUUGAUGAAAAUAUUGCCUCUUGUCCUUCAGUUUGCUGGUAUGAACUUUGCUGAACAAGAAUGCCGCCUCCAGUUUCACGGCACCUAUUUCUUUUU